CCGGAGUCGAUCCCCGCCCGACCUGCGCCCCGUCCCGCGCUCCGUCCUGGUGCGGGCCUGGGCGCUCGGCCCGUCGGUAGCUUCGUCGGUGAGGCGAGCUGCGGUCUCCCGCGUGCGUUUCUUUUCCGGAGGUCGCGUACGCUCCCGGCGGCGUCUGGCCCCGGGGGGCGGGAGCGGCCCGGCAGGCCAAGUCCCGCCCGGUGGCCGCAGGGUGAGCCGGGGCCGGUCCGCAGAGCCACCGAGCGAGGCCAGGCUCCCUUCCACACGGUCUGUUGGUCACGCAGGCUUGGGACGAAGUGCUCGCCUAGCGGCGCGGGCCGCAGCUCGGUGCCGGCCCCGGUGCUCGCCCUGCCCCAACGCGUAGUUUUGUUAAGGAAGGAAGAGGGGGUUGUGGAAUUGAGUGAAUUCUCUCGCCGGGGCUACUGCCGGGGGACCACACCCGAGCCUCCCACCACCCCGUGAGGGACAGGGCCUGUGCUCCGGCCGCCGUGCCCGGGCGGUGUGGGGCUCCCUCCUCCCAGCGCUGUGCGCGCUCUGAGCUGCGCGUUCCACCCCUGCGUUUUAGGACUAGAGCAAUGCUGCUCCAUCAGAUGCCCAGGUGGUCUGCGCGGCUCCUCAGGGCCUCUCCAGGAUGGUGGAGCACAGCAUGCGCUCUUGGAGCCUCCGUAGGACGGAGGUGGCCGGGUCGUCCGAGGGGAGGGCCCGGGCCCUUGGCCUGCAGAAGCUGCUCCUCAGGCGCCCAUCCCCCUGGGGUGAUGCUGACCCGGGAGUGCUACCCUGUUGAGCGGUUGCCCUUCUCCACGGUGUCUGAGGAGGACCUGGCCACUUUUGAACGCAUCAUUCCUGGGAGGGUCGUCACAGACCCAGGGGAACUGGAGGCAUCCAAUGUUGACUGGCUGAAAACCGUCAGAGGCUGCAGCAAGGUAUUACUGCGGCCCCGGACCUCAGAAGAGGUGUCCUGCAUUCUCAGGCACUGCUACGAGAGGAACCUGGCUGUGAACCCACAGGGAGGAAACACGGGCAUGGUUGGGGGCAGUGUCCCAGUCUUUGAUGAAAUCAUCUUGUCCACUGCUCUUAUGAACCAGGUCAUCAGCUUCCAUGACAUGACUGGAAUUUUGGUCUGCCAGGCAGGGUGUGUGCUGGAGAAGCUGAGCCAGUAUGUGCAGGAACGCAACUUCAUUAUGCCACUGGACCUGGGAGCAAAGGGCAGCUGCCACAUUGGGGGAAAUGUGGCAACUAAUGCAGGUGGCAUACGGUUUUUGAGAUACGGCUCGUUGCGUGGGACUGUCCUGGGCCUGGAAGUGGUACUCGCCGAUGGCACCAUCCUAAACUGCCUGACCUCACUGCGCAAGGACAACACAGGCUAUGACCUGAAGCAGCUGUUCAUCGGGUCAGAGGGCACCCUGGGAGUCAUCACAGCAGUGUCCAUCCUUUGUCCACCCAGACCAAAGGCUGUGAAUGUGGCUUUCCUUGGUUGCCCGGGCUUUGCUGAGGUUCUGCAGACCUUCACAACCUGCAAGAGAAUGCUGGGGGAGAUCCUGUCUGCAUUUGAGUUCAUGGAUGCAGAGUGCAUGCAGCUGGUGGGGCAGCACCUCCACCUGGCUAGCCCAGUACAAGAUAGUCCGUUCUACAUCUUAGUUGAGACCUCGGGCUCCAGUGCAGGACACGAUGCUGAGAAACUGAACAGCUUCCUGGAGCAGGCAUUAGGCUCUGGCCUGGUAACUGAUGGCACCAUGGCCACUGACCAGAGGAAAGUCCAGGCACUGUGGGCCCUGCGGGAGAGGAUCACAGAGGCUCUGAGCCAUGACGGCUAUGUGUAUAAGUAUGAUAUCUCUCUCCCUGUGGAGCAUUUCUACGACCUUGUGAUCGACCUACGUGCCCGCCUUGGCCUGCAAGCCAAGCAUGUGGUGGGCUACGGGCAUCUGGGGGAUGGCAACUUGCACCUGAAUGUGACGGCAGAGGCCUUCAGCCGGGCACUGUUAGAGGCCCUGGAGCCCUAUGUGUAUGCCUGGACAGCUGAGCAGCAAGGCAGCAUUAGUGCUGAACAUGGCUUGGGCUUCAAGAAGAGGGAUGUCCUCGGCUACAGCAAGCCUCCUGAGGCUGUGCAGCUCAUGAGGCAGCUCAAGGCCCUGCUGGACCCCAAGGGCAUCCUGAACCCCUACAAGACUCUACCUGCCCAGGCCUGAACACCCCAUUACCUGCCACUAUAGUGCCCCAGGCUGGGCUAGACGCCUUCCAGCAGAUGGUACCAGCAGCAGUCAUAGUGAAUGAGCCCCAACAGAGGGCUGAGAGCUGGCUUUGUGUGUCAAGCAUGCACAGCUCUUGGGUAGGCCUCCUCUGCUGUGCUGCUGCUGUCUGCUCUGCAGACAGGAGUGCCCAGACUUCGUUUCCUCUUGGCUUCCGGCUGGCUGGUCCUAGGCAGGUUGUCUGUGUGGACUGCAACCCACUCCAAAUUGGGUCAGGUCUCCCCCACUAUGUGGUUAUCUUGGGGACCCACCUUCUUUGCCAAGCUGUGAAUUCACCCAGAGUGCCAAAGUUGAGAAGAACUUGACCAUCAGAAUGAGAAGGUCUCAGCUUGGCAGCCAUGGUCUGUCGGAGCAGGACUGUCAUUUGUCCCUGUUCUGGCAGGCCUUUUGGCAGGAUGGGUGGCAGCAGGUAUGGGCUAUGAUUGCCUACUCCGUGUAGCCCUUCUGGAUAUGCUUCAAUGGGGAGGUCCCAGUGCUGCAGUGAGCAACCACCCCUAGCCUGUGAGCCCCACAGGGGUUGCACACCUCCCUGCCCAUGUACAGGAGCUUGACUGGUGGCUCCUGGCAUUCUGAGAGGUUGGACACAUUUCCUUUCAGGCUAUGAAGUUUCAGUAAAAAUGUGAAUAAUCA